GUACACAUACACUCCAUAUAAUAAUCGGAUGCAUGUAAAAGAGAGGGGAACUUCGUCAUGUCGACCACUGGUCCCAUAAGUAAUUACUAUGUGGAUUCCUUGAUAAACCAUGAAAGUGAGGAGGUUCUGGCGACUCGAUUCUCGACUCCCGGAUCGCUUCCCCCUGGCUCCCGUUCGACGCCCCUAGUACCGGAGUGUGCCGAUUUUCCCAGCUGCAGCUUUGCCCCGAAACCUCCCGUCUUUACCAACUCUUGGGCCCCGGUGCAUUCUCAGUCCUCUGUGGUCUACCACCCGUACACUCACCAACCCCAUUUAGCAACGGACUCCAGGUAUGUGCGCUCCUGGCUGGAGCCUAUUUCUGCCGCCGUGCCCUUCCCCAGCUAUCCGGCAAACAGCAGACACUACGGGCUGAAACCCGAUGCCUUCCAGGAGCGCAGAGCCGGUGACUGCCUGGGCUCCAGCGGACGCAGCUAUACGGAUUAUCUCUACGGCUCCUCCGCUGACAUCCGAGAUAAGACGCCACAGAACAUCCCUUCUCCGGAGUCUGAGAUUUUGGCUUCCGGAAAGCACAAAGACGACAAGCCAGAAUUAGACCCGAAUAACCCAGUGGCGAACUGGAUCCACGCGCGCUCCACAAGGAAGAAGCGAUGCCCUUACACCAAAUACCAGACACUUGAACUGGAAAAGGAGUUUCUUUUUAACAUGUACCUGACCAGGGACCGUCGAUACGAGGUUGCCCGGGUGCUAAAUCUAACGGAGCGGCAGGUUAAAAUCUGGUUCCAGAACCGACGGAUGAAGAUGAAGAAAAUGAAUAAAGAAAAGACCGACAGCAAAGAACAAUAACAAGCAAAUGAGCUGUACAUACUGCAAGGACAACACACAACAGUCAACCCCCAUCCCCCAACAGCAAAUAUUAACAAAUAUUGCAAGGAGCUAUCUCCACGUUUUAUUUC